AAAAUAAUUUCAAAAUAAUCAACAAUAAAUUGAAAUUUAAUUUUCAUAAGACUCAUACAUAUGCAACUAGUUUUUGCAGAAGUGAGACGUCAAGAAAUCGCUUUCGAAAGAGCUCUCAGACGAGAAAGAAUAUUUAAAGACCGAAACAACCCACUCGAUAUUUAUGAUGACAUAAGCUUAUAUAAAAGGUUUAGGUUUCGUAAAGCAUCUAUUUUCUAUUUGACCGAUUUGCUGCGAAUAGAUUUAGAGCCAAAGUCAAACCAAACUUUAAUUGUGGCCCCUAUUUUGCAAGUGUUAUGUGCACUUCGAUUUUAUGCAACAGGAUCUUUUCAAAUUGUAGUUGGUGAUUCUACAGCAGCUUUCAUUCAACCGACUAUUUCAAGAAUCAUUUGCCGAGUUUCUGUAGGCCUAGCGAAACGAAUUAAAAUGGCUUGGGAGCACACAUGUUGCAUUUUAAGAGAAUUAAAACUUGGUAAGAAAUUUAUAGAUGGAACUCUUAAAGGCUUACUUCUUGGUGAUUCCGGCUAUCCGUGUUUUCUUUGGUUACUUACGCCCUAUUUAAAUCCAACUACAGCAUCUCAGCGUAGAUAAAAUAUAUCUUUAAGAAAAACACGGAUUUAUAAUUGAACAAAUGUUUGGAAGGUGGAAAAGAUGCUUUCAUUUGCUUCAUGAUGAAGUUCGAAUGACCCCUGAAAGAACCUGUACCUUAACUGCUGCGUGCGCAGUAUUGCAUAAUUUAGCAAUACAGUUAAAUGACGGAGACAUGGAUGAAAAUCCAAUCGAAAAUUAUGAAAAUGAUAAUGAAGAUAUUGUAGAUGAAAAUAAUUUCCAAUUUCGUGAUGAUUUUGCUU